AUGAAGAAGAAAACUCAAGGAAAGAAAACAUACAAAUAUGCCAAUCAGCUGCUCAUACAGGGACCUAAGAUCUGCCUGGAGUUGAACAACAAAGGUUACCGGGAAAUACCAGAGGCAGUUUUUGAGCUUGCGGAUCUCAACUGUUUGUUUCUGCUGAACAAUGAUAUUGAGCGUGUGCCAGACGAUAUCAAACAACUGGGCAAACUUGAAGCUUUGGUUCUCACUGGCAACAAUAUCCACAUGGUGAAUAAGAAUAUCUUCACCCUCAGCAAACUGCAGGUUUUGAAUUUAUCAAAUAAUGAGAUCUCCAGCAUUCCCAUAGAAAUAGCCAAUCUGGUCAAUCUCAAUCAGCUUCUACUAAAUGGAAACCGUCUGGAGAGUUUACCACACAAUAUUGGGGACUUGAAGCAGCUGCGCGUUCUGGGGGUCAAUGACAACAUUCUCACCUCACUACCAGACAGUAUGUCCAGCUUAGGAAAUCUACAGAUUCUUGGAUUGGAGCGGAACAUGCUCGUAUUUUUAAACCCGUCAGUUUGCAAACUGACAAAACUUCAACGUCUUGGCUUAUCUGGCAACAAAAUGACCAGCCUGCCACACGCCAUUGAGGAUAUGAUCAGCCUGCAGCAGUUGCUACUGAGUGAUAACCUCUGCGAGUUUAUUCCUAUACAGAUAUUCUGGCUUGAAGGUCUGAUAGAGUUAUCGUUCUCUGGCAACCAACUUCCAGAGUUGCAGGCGGACAUCCAGAACAUGACACAAUUGAAGGCCCUGGGGCUAAGCCAUAACAAACUGACGGACCUGCCUCAUGAACUGAUGAACCUCAGCCAGAUUGAAGUCUUGGACUUGGAGGGUAAUAUGUUGACUCGAAUCCCAGAAGACAUUGCAAAUCUGUACUGCAUGAAAGAACUGAACCUCAGCUCCAACAGGCUGACAGUUCUACCAGACAGUAUCAGCCUGUGCUGCAGCCUUGAGUGUCUGAGUGUCAUCAACAACCGACUGACCAACCUGCCCAUUGAGCUGAGCACACUUCAAAAACUGCACACUUUGAUGAUUUCCCAGAAUGAGUUUACCUCACUUCCUGUCUGUGUGGGAGCUUUACGUGUUCUCACUGUACUCCUGGCAGAGGACAACCAGAUCGCAGAAGUGCCAGAAACCUUCGCUGGGCUCUCACACCUCAAGCAUUUAAAUCUGAGUGUCAACAAGUUAAGCAGCUUCCCAUUGGCUGUUUGUAAGGUCAAAUCCCUGGAAGUUCUGGAUGUUUCCUGUAAUAACCUGAUCGCCAUCCCCAAUGAAAUCUGUGAUUUGUUCAACCUAAUGGUUUUAAAUCUCAAAGAAAACCUUCUCGAAGAAGUCCCUCCACAACUGUACAGUCUUGCCAAACUCCGUGGCCUUGACCUGUCAGACAAUGCCUUAUCAGAUGUUCCAGAAGAGGUGUCUCACAUGACCAGCCUGCGGGAGCUUGACCUCUCCAACAAUAGGUACUCGGAAUUCCCCAAAACUGUCUGUGCUGUGCCGAACCUGGAAAUUCUGCGAUUUGACCAGGCAAAUGGGGUUAAAAUAACCAGUCUCCCUAAUGAGAUAGGUUCCUGCAAGGCCAGAGAACUAAUUGUCAGCAAUAAUCUUCUGAAGACAUUCCCUAAAUCAAUCAGUGGCAUGACUAACCUGACACACUUGUAUGCUGACCACAAUGAGAUCACCAGUUUGCCAGACACAAUUUGUGACAUGCAGAAUCUACAACUCCUUCAUCUCAACAGCAACUUGCUAACAACUCUACCACAAGCUUUUGAUCAGCUCAUCUUCCUCAGAGACUUGAGACUUUAUGAUAACAAGUUGCGAGUCCCCCCCAUGGAUGUCUGUGUCAGUGGUGUUAUGCAACCCAUCGGCUUGUUCCUGCGAAAGGCUUUCAGGCGAGAAG